GCAGCCUCCCUCCUAGCCGAGAUUGACCUCGACGAUUGCAUCAACCCACGGCCCUGUCCCUCGAGAGCGCAUAGAAUCGCCGCCCAACGGCUGUCGGACGUACAUGGCAAGGAUAUAAGCGCACUGAGAGUUGGAAUUUAGCAUCUUUAUACGUGGCGGGCAGUCAAGCCGCUAACCCGCCCCCCCGACUCGCAAUGAGCUUCGACGAGCCCAUUCCGGCGCUCAAUGCGCUCGAGUCCCCCGAGGACUUCAAGCCCAUUCUGUCACCCAUCAUUCCCUCGUCGCCUGCGCCGGGAAACCCUGGAUUCACUCCCCUGGUCACCGUUGUCGGCUUCCACCAUGCGAGGGGCCCCGAGGUCGAGACGUGGUUUGGCGCCGAGGAUGGAAGUGAUCCGGCCGUGGACUUUGGCUGGUCAUUGCUCCCGUUUAUGGCCUUGAGUGACGGAGCGCAUGCCUCUGAAGAGGACUUUUCAUACUUUACAUUACUCCGACCGGCAACAGAGACCACGCCUGCGACAUCGCUGUUUGGAAUCUCAUGUACACGACAGCUGGAUUCCACCCAGCUCAUAAACCGCCCGGCAGAUGUCACCCGCUCGACCGUGCAAAAGGCCGUUGUCGUCAUCGCCGAUAGCCCGCAAUUCUUUGGCAUGCUACGUGAGCGCCUGAGCAUUGUGACGCAGGCUUGGUUUGCCCAGCGAGAAUUCACUGAUGUCGAGAUCCUGCGCCGGUUUCAGGAGAGCCUGGCGGAUGAAAAGGAUAGGGGCCUGCUGAACGACCAGGCGGACCGCGACCAGUACCUCGGUAUGAGUCUGCGGGAGCUGAUCCACGAAUUCAAAUGGCAAACACUGGUCCUGUUGAAGUGCUGCCUUCUCCAGCCAAAGAUGCUCUUCUUUGGCUCGAGGUGCGAUCGGUUGUGCAUGAUGCAAUUUUCUCUUCUGUCCUUGAUACCCGGUCUCAUUCGCAACCUUCAGGACUGUGCAGAUCCUGAAUUGAACAAUUACGAGAAGUGCCUCUCAAAACCCACGAGUUUGCGCACUAGUGAUCGCAAUUCUCUUCUGUCCUACAUGGGUCUUCCCCUCCAAAUCUUUGGCAAGGGAAGUUUGUAUGGCCCUUACACGCCUCUCCAGCAACUUGAUAUCCUGGCCGACUUUGGGACCAAGUCGUACAUUGUCGGAAGCACAAACUCACUCCUCCUUCAACAGAAGGAUCGAUACAGCGAUAUCCUCAUCAACCUUGACGAGGACGUCAUCAGCAUCACCUCGCCAUCUCUAAGGACCGCUCUUACCCUUACCGCCGCCGACCGCCGGUGGAUCGAUUACUUGACGCAGGAGAUCAACGAGACCUGGGAUGAGGCGAACCCAAGCCGGCCCAAGACGAUGAAGUAUGUCGGAAGCGAGGAGUUUAUCAGACUUCAGUUCGAAGAAUACAUUCUCGCCCUCAUCUCGUCUGUCAAAUACCACAACUACCUCACUUCGAACACCAGCAGUCCCAAGGCCAUUCUCCCGGAGGUUGAGGGCGAUCCCAUCAUGGACUUUGGGCAGGACUGGGUCGAGGCCUGGAAGCGUACCGAGAACUACCGAAUGUGGGACGCCAACACUGACUCCCACCUGUUCGAUAUCAUCGACCCACGACACCCUUGCGCCGGCGGUCUCACUAUCGAUGAUGUCCAACGCCGCAUCGCCGAGCAGGUCAAGGAGCUGCACCUCGACGAACGCUUCGCACAGGGGCGCGAGGUGCUCGGCCGCAACUUCGCUGCCGGUCGUGAGAAGGCGUCGUUUGUCCUCAACAAGCUAUAUGCCGACAUGGAGGCCCUGCGUGAAGCCCAGCGUCGCCGUGCCGAGGAGGCCCGCGCCGCCCAGGGCGACAAUGCUGGUGGCGCCAACUCAAACGCCGGUCAAAACGCUAACCUGUCUAAGGCGCAGCAGUCAGCGCAGUCGGCCGGUGCUAGAGCCGGCGCCUACAUGUCUAGCUGGGCGACAUGGGCGGGCGAGAAGCGUCGUACCGGUGGCUGGGGAGGUGGCUGGGGCCGCAAGUCUACUACGCCAAAGUAUGAGAAGCCUGAGUCUGAGAAGCCUGAGCCAUCACUGCCCAACAGCCCCAUCGACAACGACUACCAGAUGAUAAGUGCCCCCGAGUCCCGCACUGGCUCUACGGACGACACUGUCACCGGCCGGCCCACCACGGGCGUCAGCUUCAGCGAGAGCAUCCUCUCUGGUGUAAGCGACUCUCCGGGCCGACCUACAACCAGGGCUAGGGAGAGGGCCGAGGAGGAAGAUGUACCACAUAAGAACGGUUUCGCCCCAAAGGACGACGGGUUCCACACAGAGGGUGUGGUUGGAUCGCGGGAUAAGCUGGUGGAAGUGAAGCUAGAUGAGAAGGUGGAUAAAAAGCUGGACGACAAGCUGGACGACGAACUGAAUGAGAAACCCCAGGCGGAAGCGGCUCGAAAACCAGAGUAGGACGAUGUUGCUGCAAUCAAAGACUGAUGACUAUAUAGAAAGUGAAGAUGAGGAAUCUGAAGACACCAAAGGACAUUAAUUAUAGGAUCAUGGAUAGAUAGAAUGGGGCAGCGAUAUCGUCACGCGUCAAGUAAUGGAACAAAUCAAAGCAUUUGACUAAGCAAGCAACCAGACCCAGAGCACAUGGGCUCCGCCGUGUCUUUUAAAUCACACUCUUCUCUCCUGAUUUACGUAAAGAGCCCACUUGAAA